GGACAGGCUUGCUGAUGUCCGGUCUUUUCAUCUUCUUUUGCAUGCUGUUCACCCUUUCCCUUGCUGUUCGAAACGAUCCCAACAUAUAACGCGCCUCAUCCACGCUGUCCGUGGUUCUGCUGUCGCGUGGCUGUUCGACACCUCCGAUGUGCGCGUGCUCAAAUACUAUAUACUAUAGCUCUACCACCAGACCUCGCACCACAGUCCCGGAAAGAGCACUGUCGACAAACACCACCUCGACAGAGCUUCGCCCAUGCCAGCCUCGGUUCGCUUCUCCCACCAACCGAACUCACCAAGAGAACAGGCGCACAAGUCGAUUCUCGACUCGUGGUUGUCCCGUCGCUCCUCUGUGCACUCCGCCAACACUGCCUCACACGCAGCCCACUCCAACCCCAGCAGCUCGCACGGCCACACCCCAAGCCUGAACUCCAAGCUCAAGGGGAAAGAACGUUCCCUAGACAGCCCACUGUCAAGCCCCGUCGGGUUUGGCUACGGACACGACGCGGACCAUGUCGUGUCCCCGACUUCGAAUACAUCCCCUUCCAUCACUUCCCACGAACCAUCGUCCCGUAUCAUACCAAUAAUUCCUCGCCCUCCGUCAUCCAGCCGAAGCGCGCCACUGCGUAAGCAGCGGACCAGCCUUCUUGUAGCCGCUACCGAUGUACUCGGCCUUCGCAAGAAGCUGGGUUCGGUCUCACGUAAGAAACCCCCUCCUCACCAUAUAUCCAGCGUAAACUGUAUACCCGAUAUCAUCGAAAUUAACGCUCAUAGUGACACUACCGUAACCACCACCGUUGCUGGAGCUAUAUCGCAUAUGGACCAAGAACACGAAGAACGCGAACGUCUGAGGGAUGCCGCUGCUCAAUCGAUAGGGCUCGAGUGGUUACAUGAGCCGCGUAAAUGGGAUAGUCUCUUGUCCCUUGCCCCUCCGGAUCCGCAGGAGUUUCCUCAGCUGCCCCCCUUCCCAGCUACCAUUAACGCACUUUAUCCUAUGACGCAGAUGACCGCGACACUACCCAAAUUUACCCCAGCAUCUUCCCUCCUCGUAUAUGCCCUCGCUAAGCAGUGGAAAGUUAGGACCCUCGUCCUCACGUCCAAUGUGGCUGGUCACAAGACCCACGUGCAUUUGUUCAAGAAUACAUCGGCAAACGAGGUCGAGUUAGAGAGAUUGGAAAUUACCGAAGACAGCGCUAUGUUUCUUGCCGAAGAGGACGUAGGCGGUAGGAAGAACGUGAUCAAAUUGGUGGGCAAGGACGUCAGUACAAAGAAGCACGCCAAUGGCGGCAGUCAUACGAAUGGAUCCACGGAGGAUUCCGCGCGCGCGAUGUGGUUCCUACAAAUCACUGACCGUGAAGCAUCUCAACGCUGGAUAGGAGCUAUCAAGAAUGCAGUGCUGAAUCACAGGUCAAUCCGUGCCGGCCUAGACAUUCCGGCGUCCAAUGGAGUAUAUGGUCCAAGGGGCGACAUGGACGUCAUGCUCUCCAUGAGAAUGCAAGGGAUCGUCUCCCCUCAACCUCCCAAGAAGGUUUCAUCUUCGCCCUCCCCACCACAUUCUCUUCGCUCACUUGGGAUGAAUGCUCAGUCUCUGCCACCUUCUAGUAGUAUCAAGGAUAUGUUGACCAGCACUCGGUCCCGCUCGCCCUCUCUAGAUUCACCGCAUUCCCCACUGGUUUCUCAGGCUCACACAGAAGAGUCUUUCGGUGCCAUGGGCACAAACCUUUUGACGUUCUUCCGCGGGAAUACUGCGUCCGACAGCAGCUCCUCCCCCGCAUGUUCCCUUCCCCUCCCCCUUCCGCGUAGUCAAGCCCAGUGUUCACCUGCUGCUAGUGUGCGGUCUGCGAGUACGACAAUGGUUAUACCCGGAGCGGACUUAAAGAUUUCUAAAGAGCGCGAUGCACCGGUUCUUUCGAUUUCGCCACCGUCGAUAGCAAGCACUCCACCGGGCUCCAUCACGCCGCCCGCCGCAUUUCAGGCAAGCAUGAAUUCAGGUCCUCUGCCUCUUCAGCCUCCGCCGCGAAAGGCGAGGGGUCACUUGGCGGUUCCCCCUCCCACAGCCAAGCGAGAGCGAGAAGGAUUAUAUAAUCAUCCAGGGGAUAACCGCAGUGUGGCGGGUAACUUUGGUGUUCAACCUGCGGAGGUAUUGCCCCCGACGCCUUCCCUCGUUGUUAUGCCCGCCGAAACCCUACCGCCCAGGGACCUCUCUCCUGGACCGUUCACUGCGACAAAGCUGCCGGACUUAGAGCCGCCAUUCAGUGCGUUCUCCAACGCGAACGUACAAGCACCGUCGUCUCCGCCGUUAGCAGCUGCGCGUUCCUUGUCACCUGAUAUUGCAGUUCCAACGUCCUCCGAAACCCGUCCCAGCAGCCCCUCAAGCUCCAAGCGUUGGUCCAGAAAGAUUGGCACGCUUCCCCAACGUCCAGCGCCGCCAUCGGGACCUCCACCCUCCGUACCGGAAAUUGAGCCUGCACAACCGGUACUGCACCUACACGUGCCUCACCCGUAUGCAGCGGAUGAGCUUGCGAGCAGUGUAUCAUCUAAUUCUCGCACAGACAUAAGCCCUCAUAGCGCAUCGUCGUUGGCCCAGAGUUUCUGGAAGCGUGCAUCCAGUUCCUCCGCGUAUAGCGUAGAGUCAUGGAGCACUACAGACUCGAGGGCCGUCGCCGAGCCUACGACUACACUGAGCGCGUCAAUUCUGUCUUUGCCAAAUCCAACAGCAAGCAAGGUUACUGCACCUAAGCGUCGAUCUAUGCCUCCCCCUCGACCUGCCCCAACGCAUGCACCUCCGCCCGCCCCAGUCGUGGACCCAAUUGUGGAGCGAGUAACCGUGCCUCAGUCACCGCCGCCUCCGAAACAACAGUCCUCUCCAACUACUCCCCCACAACCACUGAAACCCCUUCGAACAUCUAUAGCACAACGGGCACUACGGCUGUCUUUGACGUCGCCUAAACCACCACCCUCAACAAGUCUCCCACCACGACCGGACGAGCCAGGGUUCUUACGGAGACAUCGCCGGAGCUCGAGUAACAGCACGGCCGAAGGGCUCCGUGUUUCUUCUGAGCUACCUUCCAUCCCAGGUUCGCCGCCGCGCUCGCCGUCCCGUUUGUCGGGUGUGGGUCAACCGCGGCCGCCGUCGUCGGCUUCUUCGGUCCGUAGCCUAUCCAUCAAGCAGCGCCUUCGCAUCUUGAGCGCUCCCUCCUCUUCCUCGCCACCGCCAACUCCGUCAGGCUCGAAUUCUCCUCCCCCCUCAACUCAACAACUCCAACCACUACAAAUCCAGACCCAAACGAAAGUGCAAACAAAAGCGCGAAAGCACAUGCCAGGUUCUCAACAUGCUCAAGUUACUAGUACGCUAGAUCUCGACGACGAUGACGACGAUGACGAUCCGCGAACGCCCUCACACGCCCAACCUUCACGUCCGCCCUUCGGGCUUGGUGAACACAUCAUGGACAUCAACGACCCUAGUUUUUUAUCCCUUACGCCAAUUGAAAGCCCCACUGCUCCGUCACGCAAUCCUUUCCGACCGCUUCCCACGUGCCCCGGACGCCCAGGUACACCCAUGACCGAGGGUGAAUUCGAGUUCAUGGCGCUAUCUCCACCACCGCCCCGCAGGGGCUCGAAACAGAUCUCGGUCACAGUCGUGCAGCCGGAGAAAGGUCCUCAGUCUGAACUUCCGCCGUUCGGGGCGACAAGUCCUGAGGCAAACACUUUAGCAGCGGCACUCGCGCGGGGAUCGGUGGUGUCCCUCGGUUAUAUCACGAUGUAGAUGUUCUUUGUGCUUUUCUUGUUUGCUGUCGCUUCUCUUAUCUUGUGUGCUACCACUAUAUAAUCUAUCUGUGGGCCUUGAAUUUUUGUUUGCACCUCUUCUGAAUAUGCCCAAAGAUUUCUUCGUUAUCAAAUAAUGCUGUGCUAUUCAAAUUUUUGUAAGCUCAUUUCAUCCACGCCUACCUUAAUACACAUCGCCAGUGUAUCCUUACACUCGCCAAUACGAUUCCAUGAGAUUACGGAGG